CCCCUAGAAAAGUAAUUGUAGGAUUAAAGUCCACUGUUUCUUACACAUAAUCUUAUAUAAAAUGAUACUGCGGUCACCUAGAAACACAUACCAACAAAUUAAAGCUUCUGUUUAUUCCAAAAUGCCCAAGUCAGAGGCACAAGAGAACCAACGCCCAGCAGGAUAUCCAUCUGCGGAACCCCUAGCUGCUCAAAAGAAGUGUUUCCCUCGUACAAAGAAGAAAGGAGAUAGAGGCUUCAUUGAGGGAUGCCUGUUCGCGCUUUGCUGCUGUUGGCUCUGCGAAACUUGCUUCUAGAUAAUGCUUUCAAGGAUCAUGAUUCUGAUACUUGGUUGAAUACUGUCGAUUGUGGGCCUUACUGCUAUUCUAUGAGUUUGAUCAUAUGCUGUAAUAAAGUAGAGAAGUCUUAAAUCUACUAAAGAAUCUGUGGAAGUGUUCAUUGUAUUUUUUGGUCAGACCCACGUUCAUCAUCUUCAUUUAAAAGAUUUUUCUCUAAUCUGUCUUUGUUUUUCUUUAUAUGCUUCCUGAAAAAGAGAAAGAUUUUCAAGGCUGGAAUUAAAUUAGCAUAUUCAGUAGCCUAAAAGAGAAGAACAAGCUUGAGUUCAGCUUACAGGAAAGGCCUAUGGCUUAAUACUAACCUGAAAAUUAAAACAUUUGAAGUUCUCACUUCUGCCAAUGAAAUCUGCUAGCUCCAACUAAAAUAGGUCCGACGAGUAAAAUACGGAAUCCAAAAUCCAUAAAACCAACAUCAAGGUAUAAGUAGCAUGGCCAAGGUUUAAGGAUAAUAUCCAAUCGAUAAACCCAACAUAACCAGAGACGGAUCUAGGGUGGAAUCAC